CAAGUGCCACCCGCGUUGCGACUGGCGAUUUGAUAAAUGUUCCCUAACCCAAAUGAUUCCCAGAGUUUCCUUCUUUUACCAAAAAUAACGAUAUUUCCACAUUUCCGUAUUUCCAUACCCCUUUGCAAUUUUACAUUUGUGGACUGAGUUCACCUGUGAUUAAUACGGCUCUAGCUUCUCCCCUCGGACUGGAAAGCGAGACUUGCAAGCUCCACCGACAUUUUCCAACCUUGGAACUUUGAAACCCGAGACUAUCUGGUCAGGCCAAACACCCACAAAGUCUAGUCUUGAAUCCGAAUACAUACUUGGACAGUGAUAGUAAAAAUGGCCGAUUCGCUGAGUACACCGGGAGGCAUCUCAGAUCCUGCUCUCAUCAAGCUCGUCAACCGGCUUCAGGAUGUCUUUACCACGGUUGGCGUCAACAACCCGAUCGAUCUACCGCAAAUAGUUGUCGUCGGAAGUCAGUCUAGCGGCAAGAGUUCCGUGCUGGAGAACAUCGUCGGACGAGACUUCUUACCUCGAGGAUCCGGUAUCGUAACAAGACGACCCCUCAUUCUACAGCUUAUCAACCGGCCUGCGACGUCCCAAACGAACGGGGUUAGCGAGGGGAUCGAUAACGCUACCGACAAGGCAGCGAAUGUAGACGAGUGGGGAGAGUUCUUGCACAUUCCAGGCCAAAAAUUCUACGAUUUUAACAAGAUCCGGGAUGAGAUUAGCAGGGAAACGGAGGCCAAGGUCGGCCGCAAUGCCGGCAUCUCUCCCGCGCCUAUCAACCUAAGAGUCUACUCCCCCAACGUCCUGACCUUGACGCUCGUCGACUUGCCUGGUCUAACGAAAGUACCUGUGGGCGAUCAGCCGAGGGAUAUCGAACGACAAAUCAAAGAUAUGGUCCUCAAAUAUAUCCAAAAGUCGAAUGCCAUCAUCUUGGCAGUCACCUCCGCCAACAUCGAUUUGGCUAAUUCGGAUGGUCUAAAGCUCGCCAGAGAGGUAGAUCCCGAAGGACAGAGAACCAUCGGUGUUCUGACUAAGGUAGAUCUGAUGGACGAGGGCACAGAUGUUGUGGAUAUUCUGGCUGGACGCAUUAUUCCCCUUCGACUUGGAUAUGUGCCCGUUGUUAACAGAGGACAACGGGAUAUCGACAACAAGAAGCCUAUCUCAGCAUCCCUCGAAUCAGAGAAGAACUACUUCGAGAACCACAAGGCUUACCGAAACAAGAGCUCGUACUGUGGUACUCCUUAUCUGGCAAGGAAGCUGAACCUCAUUUUGAUGAUGCACAUCAAACAGACUCUACCCGAUAUUAAAGCUAGAAUUUCCAGUUCGCUGCAGAAGUACUCCGCUGAGCUCGAAAGUCUGGGUCCGUCAAUGUUGGGCAACAGCGCAAACAUCAUCUUAAACAUCAUCACCGAAUUUACAAACGAGUGGCGAACUGUUCUAGAGGGAAACAACGGCGAGCUGUCCAGCACGGAACUCUCCGGUGGUGCCCGAAUUAGCUUCGUAUUCCACGAGUUGUAUUCAAACGGCGUUAAGGCGGUGGAUCCCUUCGAUGUUGUCAAGGAUGUCGACAUUCGAACGAUAUUGUACAACUCCUCUGGUUCCUCUCCUGCGCUUUUCGUUGGGACAACCGCAUUCGAAGUGAUCGUCAAGCAGCAAAUCAAGCGAUUAGAGGAGCCUAGUCUCAAGUGUGUCUCGCUCGUUUAUGACGAGUUAGUACGCAUCUUGACUCAGCUUCUCACCAAAGCACUAUAUAGGAGAUAUCCCCAACUAAAGGAGAAGUUCCACAACGUCGUCAUCACCUUUUUCAAGAAGUCCAUGGAACCUACCAACAAGCUUGUCCGGGAUCUUGUUGCCAUGGAAGCUUGCUACAUCAACACGGCCCACCCCGACUUCCUUAAUGGGCAUCGAGCAAUGGCCAUAGUCAACGAGCGAUACAACGGAGCAAAGCCAGUUCAAGUUGACCCGAAGACCGGAAAACCUUUGCCGGCGUCAGCUACUCCCGCUCGCGCUGCUAGUCCCUCUUUGGAUGGUAACCUCGACAACAACACGGGCUUUUUCGGAAGUUUCUUCGCCGCCAAGAACAAGAAGAAGGCUGCUGCCAUGGAGGCUCCUCCACCGACACUAAAGGCCUCUGGAACUCUUUCCGAGAGAGAAAACAUUGAAGUCGAAGUUAUUAAGCUAUUAAUCGCUUCGUACUUCAACAUUGUCAAGAGAACUAUGAUCGAUAUGGUCCCUAAGGCUAUCAUGCUGAACCUUGUCCAGUUCACGAAGGAUGAGAUGCAACGAGAACUGCUGGAAAACAUGUACCGAAACGAGACUCUAGAUGACCUCUUGAAGGAGAGCGACUACACUAUCCGCCGACGAAAGGAAUGCCAGCAAAUGGUUGAGUCUCUUGGUAAGGCCAGCGAGAUUGUCAGCCAAGUUCAGUAGUGAAUAGGAUGGGUAUCAGCCCCUGGGGAUCAGAUCUUUUGAUCAGAUAGGCAUGGUGGCUACGGCGCCGAGCGCCGAGGAAGAACACCAAGCCAUCAUUGAGUGUAAUGCUUUGUUGGUAGUAAGAAUUGGGUCGUGUUGAGUACAUCUGCCCCCUUUUCAUCCACUUUAUGAAACUCCUUUAGUCACGUCAUACCCAACCCCUUAGACAUGUCGUCGGUAGAUGAGAAUAGCAUUCCAUAAAAACGGAAUAGUUAAUGUAUCUAAAAUGAAAAAUUCCUUUACUAGUGAGUUUUUUAAUCGCCUUUCGAU